CUUGUUUUUGGGUGGGCUGUGAAGUGAUUUUGACCGGACGGAGACGAGCCGGCGGCGAGGAAGUAAGAAUUGCAAAUUCCAAACUCUUUAAUCGCGGCGGGGAUUAAAGUUUGAACUUUUAAUUUUACUGGAUAGAUUGUUCUUAAUUAAACGUUAUGAUACACCACAGUUGCGCCUCAUAUGUCAGCCGAAUUUUACCCAGUUCAGUUCCAUGCUAUUCUACAUCUGCAACUUCAAUUCCCCUCAUCUCGCUCCUACAACAAUGCAGGACGUUGAUCAAUGCCAAGCUUGCUCACCAGCAAAUUUUGGUCAAUGGCUUCACCCAAAUGGUUACCUACGCCAUUGGAGCUUACAUCGAGUGCGGUGCAUCUGCACAAGCUGUAUCGCUGCUCCAACGUCUUAUUCCGUCGCAUUCCACCGUGUUCUGGUGGAAUGCGCUGAUUCGACGUUCCGUCAGACUUGGUUUCCUCGACGAUGUAUUGGGGUUUUAUUGUCAGAUGCAGAGACUUGGGUGGUCGCCUGACCAUUACACUUUUCCUUUUGUUCUCAAGGCUUGUGGUGAGAUACCGUCGUUUCGACGUGGUGCUUCGGUUCACGCUGUGGUUUGUGCUAAUGGGUUUGAAUCGAAUGUAUUUAUUUGCAAUUCGAUAGUGGCAAUGUACGGAAGGUGUGGGGCGUUGGAUGAUGCACGCCAAGUGUUUGAUGAGGUGCUUGAAAGGAAGAUAGAGGACAUUGUGUCCUGGAAUUCAAUUCUUGCUGCUUAUGUGCAAGGCGGGGAGUCAAAAACUGCCCUCAGAAUUGCUGUUCGAAUGGCUAACCAUUACAAUUGCAAACUUCUCCCAGAUGCUAUUACGCUUGUGAAUAUUCUUCCAGCUUGUGCUUCGACAUUGGCCCCACAGCAUGGGAAGCAGGUACAUGGAUACGCAGUUCGGAGUGGAUUGGUGGAUGAUGUGUUUGUAGGCAAUGCUCUUGUGGAUAUGUAUGCUAAAUGCUGGAAAAUGGAUGAGGCAAGCAGGGUGUUCGAGCUGAUGAAGGAGAAGGAUGUGGUUUCUUGGAAUGCUAUGGUCACUGGGUAUUCUCAGAUUAGUCGUUUUGAUGAUGCUCUCUCAUUAUUUAAGAGGAUGCAAGAGGAAGAUAUUGAGUUAAAUGUAGUAACAUGGAGCGCUUUGAUCGCUGGGUAUUCUCAGAGAGGCCUUGGUUUUGAAGCCCUUGAUGUAUUUAGACAAAUGCAGCUUUGUGGGUUGGAGCCAAAUGUUGUUACUCUUGUAUCUCUUCUUUCCGGUUGUGCGUCUGUGGGAGCAUUGCUUCACGGAAAGCAAACACAUGCUUAUGCCAUAAAAAAUAUUCUCAACUUUGAUUGGAAUGAUCCAGGUGAUGACUUGAUGGUUCUCAAUGGUCUAAUUGAUAUGUACGCUAAGUGCAAAAGUUCCAAAGUUGCUCGCAACAUUUUUGAUUUGAUAACAAGGAAAAACAAGAAUGUGGUGACUUGGACUGUCAUGAUUGGUGGAUAUGCUCAGCAUGGCGAAGCCAAUGAUGCAUUAGAACUUUUCUCUCAGAUGUUCAAACAUGAAACCUCCUUAAAGCCUAAUGCCUUUACUCUAUCUUGUGCCUUGAUGGCUUGUGCACGAUUGGGUGCAUUAAGGCUUGGAAGACAAAUCCAUGCCUAUGCUUUGCGCCAUGAAAAUGAGAAUGAGGUUUUAUAUGUAGCCAAUUGCCUUAUAGAUAUGUAUUCCAAAUCAGGAGACAUUGAUGCUGCCCAAACUGUGUUUGAUAACAUGAAGGUACGAAAUGCUGUUUCUUGGACUUCUUUGAUGACAGGUUAUGGUAUGCAUGGUCGUGGUGAAGAAGCUCUACAUAUUUUCGAUCAGAUGCAGCAAGCUGAUCUUGCAGUUGAUGGGGUAACCUUUCUUGUUGUUCUAUAUGCUUGUAGCCAUUCUGGAAUGGUGGAUCAAGGCAUGAACUACUUCCAUGGCAUGAUCAAGUACUUUGGUGUUGCUCCUGGAGCUGAACACUAUGCGUGUAUGGUUGAUCUCUUGGGCCGUGCAGGUCGUCUCAAUGAAGCAAUGGAACUCAUCAAAAGCAUGUCAACGGAGCCAACUGCAGUUGUAUGGGUGGCGCUACUCAGUGCCAGCAGAAUCCAUGCUAAUGUUGAGCUUGGGGAAUAUGCAGCAAACAAAUUGAUAGAAUCAGGAUUGGAGAAUGAUGGUUCAUACACAUUGCUCUCAAACUUAUAUGCGAAUGCUCGACGUUGGAAAGACGUAGCUAGAAUCAGGUCAUUAAUGAAGCAUACUGGGAUCAAGAAGAGGCCCGGAUGUAGUUGGGUACAAGGAAAGAAAGGCACUACAACCUUCUUUGUGGGUGAUAGAAGUCAUCCUCAAUCAGACCAAAUAUACGGCAUUCUUGCCGACUUGAUCCAACGGAUCAAAGACAUGGGGUAUGUUCCUCAAACGAGCUUUGCUCUUCAUGAUGUGGAUGAUGAGGAGAAAGGUGAUCUCUUGUUUGAGCAUAGUGAGAAGUUAGCUGUUGCAUAUGGGAUUUUAACAUCAUCUCCAGGACAGCCUAUUAGGAUAAACAAGAACUUGCGCAUAUGCGGUGAUUGCCACAGUGCCUUGACCUACAUUUCCAUGAUCAUUGAACAUGAGAUCAUAUUGAGAGACUCUAGCAGGUUCCAUCAUUUUAAGAAUGGCUCCUGCUCUUGCAGAGGCUAUUGGUGAUGGACAAAUUGGGUGAGGACUUUGAGUUUCCUAGUUGCUUACAGGAGACUUGCACUUCUUGGAGCGCCUAUCCAUGCUUAUCGCCCUUUUUGUCUAGAACAGGUUGGUUGGGAUUCAUUGACAGAAUGAACAAGUUGGUUUUCGUUGAUGGCAUGCUUGAAAGAACAACCGACAGGACUUACUCAAUGCUUGGAUUCGCAACAAAAACCAUGAGUGAGGCUGGAAACAUUUGAAGGAGAGGUUUCAACUCAAGAAUGCACUUUGAUCUUGACCAACAAUCAGUUUGCACUUACUUCACCAAGCUUAAGAGUUAAAGACAGUUUGGGAUGAAUAGCCUGUCGUCCUUGUAAGGUGGGGGUGCAUUAUUAGGCUGAGUACAUGAUCCGUCUGCCAUUUGUCGUGUUGUUCUGCAAGAAGGCUCUGGCAAAGUUAUCAAUUGCUGCAAUACUAAGGUUGCAUGCACCUUGACUAAUCUCACAUGACAACCACCGGUUGAAUUUUAGGGAAAAUGAGUUUCUAUCAAUUGCAUAAAGGAAGAAUGACAAUCCAUCAAUAAUUCAAUAAGAUGGUGAGAUGCUUCAUGUUGCCCAAGCGCUCAAAAACUAACCUCUAUAGUCAUUUACUGAGGAAACAAAACGUUGGGGCUGGUCAUUAGCUGCGACGCAGUAAAUGUACUAGCAAAAUGGAGAUUUGAUUGCUGUAAGAAUUUAAUUUCCUUGCUUUCUUUGAAUUGGUCUGGAAGGAGUGCUACAUUUUUACCCCAAAAUAUACUCUUCUUUUAUUGAUCAGCAGUUAUUUAAGUUUGUUUUAACUUCAAAAUUUUUGUAUUUAGCAGCUAUCAAGUAGCUACUUUAUCUCGAAACCUAUUCCUCAUCGUUGUGCCAAAUGAGACGCUUGUUAAAAAGUAACAAAGGAUUGUUUCUUCAUUUCCCAAAAUAUUUAGUAUCUUACUUUUCUUAAGAUUUGCCUGGUAAUUAUAAUUUACUGUCCUUCCAAAUUUGCUGCCAUAACUUUUUGAGGCAAUGCUGCAUGGGUUAGAACUUCUAUUUUUCUUAUUGUAUACGUUGACAUAGUGGCCUUAUUGAGGUUGUUGCCACAGCUUUUGAAGCCACACCAUGGAUUGUGUGGAGUCUCAAUUGUGAUCAUUGAAUUAGGUUCAAGGUUUGCCCAACUCCUUCUUAGUUCUCAUCAAUGGACAUGAUGUUUAUGGAGUACGGUCUGUUCUAUAAAUUUCUACCUCUCUAUCUUUGAGAUGUUUGGAUUUUUCAUAACUUCGUGUGGGUGUACGAUUCAGACCAUGACAGCAUUGCUAGGAAAGGUGUGGCAAGGUGUGGCAUUGUAAUGAAAGCAUUGUAAAGUUAAAAUCCUAAUGUGUACAUGAUUGCAUGCCAGCGGUGAAGAUGCUUCGAUUGACAAUGAUGGAAACUCUUGUGAAAUUACUGACAUGAAAGGAGCGGAAGGUCCAAGCAGCUGGCCAAGUUCAUUCAAGCCAAAAAUUGGAACUAUGGAAGAUUCAGAUAAUGGGCAAAUACACUCCCAGAUUGAUGUUUCAAUCAUAUGCUUGGUUGUCCAAGUGCACACAAUUGAGUUUUGGUUGAGAGAGAGAGAGAGAGAAUCAAGAAUUGAAUGCAUCUGCCUUUUCAUUCUUCAUUUCAUCAUGCUGUGAUGCGUUAGAAGGUUCCUCUCUCAUGUCACAUGAAAAACCUUGAUGGAGGAGAGCAUUAUUGCUUCAAACCAAAUGUGCUAGAUCUAGUUUUAUUUAUUUUAUUUUAAUAAUUUGGGCCCGUUUAUGUUCACCUCGACAUCAUAUCACAUGUACUAUCAUAUCAAAUAGGAGUUCGGAUUUUUCUCUUUAGAAUUUGGAAUUUUUGCCAUAUCGAGUUUAUAUACUUAACCCAGGAUGAUAAGAUAUUUAUGAUUUUUGU